GGCCCCACGUCUCCUCCAAUUUCCAAUCUCUCGCAGUUCGUUCGAGGAACCUGAGAGGCUGAGGCGGCCAUGGCGACGACUCUCUUCCUCGCGCUGCAGUGCGUCCAGUGCUCCACCAUGCAGGUGAAGCCGCAGAAGAAGAGCAGCAACAAAUGGGUGUGCGUGGUGUGCAACCAGCGCCAGUCCGUGAUGCGCGUCCAUGCCCGCGGGUGCCGCGCCGCGGACCUUCGCCGCUUCGUCCAGGACGCCAACCUCUCGCGCGGCCGUGCCGCUCAUGUGCCCUUGCCCGUGCCCGGGGAGGACUGGACCCCUGCGGUGUCGGGGGAGCAGCAGGAUGACUUUCCGAGGGGGAGGAAGAGGCGGAUGGACUGGUCCGAGUACCUGGACGAUCCGGGGGAGUGCGAUGGCGGCGGCGGCGGCGAUGAGGGAACUGAAGAUGGAGAAGUAAGGAUUCAAGUGACAACGGAAUUACCUGAAAAGAGGCCUAAAGUCACUUCCUUGAAGAGGGCCCCCAAAGCCCAAUUGGGAUUAGCUGUAAAGAGGCCGAAGACACCACCAGUCGAUGCCUAUUUACCCAAGAGGCAGCUGAUCGAGGAAAGUUCACCUCCGUGUUCUGCAGCUACUACUGUUGAAGCACAAAGAUCAAAGUGGAGCAAUUAUUUGGAUACAAGUUUCUUUGAAGAGAGAAGCGGAUUUCAGGACUCUGGGCAGCAUUGCGCUGAACUCGAAUGCUUCACUACUGAUGUUGUGGUGAAUGAUGAAGUACACCCCGACUUCAUGUGAUAUCUAUCUUGUCUUGAUCUAUAGCAUUUUAUCUUUUGAAUAGUGAAGUAGUUAGGAAAGAUAAGAUGUGCAGUUGGCACAUAUAGGAUGGGCACUUUAUUAUGCAAUGAACCGCAACUUGCUAUGUUAAAAUUGAAGAGAAAUUAAGAUGGAUGGUAACCUUUUAAAACAAUGAUGUUAACAGUGCAUCUGCUUAACAUCUUACCUUCUGUCUGAACUUUGUCCUUUGAGUUUAGAAAUGUAUAUCUAUAUGGUGACGCGAUG